AUGAAGCGCAUAGUAUUCCCUGGGAGUGGCACCGAAGACAACCAAACACCUGUCCAAACACCUGUCCAAACACCAACCCAGCCACCGCCCACCCAACGGUCACCAACUCCACCGCCAACUCACAAAGAUGAACCUCCACAGACACCGAGACCGCCAGCAACACCCAAAGAUGAGACCACACAGACAGCCAAGCCGUUGACGUUGGCCUCUCAACAGCUCAGCCUCACCGAGAUUGUUGUCCCCUCCCUGAAAAUCGGUGCAACCACUGGCACAUGCGGGCUUUUCGUCGGCGCAACAGCGGGCAUCAUACGCAAUGCCCCCGUCGGCUUUUUCUCCCUCUUCUCAGCAGGACAGUGGUUUGUGCUGGGGAGUACUUUCUACGGUGGCCGGUUGAGUGCGCUGCAGUACUUUGGGCCGGGAGAACCCGUUCCUCGUGACAAGGUCAAAGCGAGCGCCAUGGGUGGUGCAUUUGCCGGGUUUUGCAGCGGCUGGAUUCGAGGACCGAGGAAUGUCAUCCCAGGGAUGAUAUGUUUCUCGUCCCUCGGAGCUGUUGGUCAAGCUCUGCUGAACUGGAGGGCCGCGAGGCGGGAGCGGCUUGCGAAGGAGCCCCAAAAGGAAACGCUUCUGCAAUGGUUGAACCCUAUCAAGCCGUUAUCUGACGAAGAUUAUGAGAAGAUUCUUGAGGAGAAACUUCUCAAGGUGGAUGUGGAGAUUGCGCUCAUUGAAGACCGCAUCAAAGAACUUCUUGAUGAUGAUAGGGAGAAGAAGGCAAAGGCGAAGGCUGCUGCCGAGGCUGAGGCUCAGAGGAAUCAGACGCCAUCUUCGGAGCAGGACGGGGCGUGA